CAUUCAAUAUUUGUAAACAAAAAGACGUUGGGCCAAGAAACAAAUUCACUUAUCUUGCACCGUAGGAUAAACUAGUUUGACAAGCAUGGCAUCUAAAUCUCAAAGGAAACGGAAAACAGAUUCCAAUUUAAGUUGGAAAAAUAAAAUAAUUCGAUCAUUCAGCGAUGGAUGGAUAGAAACCGACAAUCUCAAUGUCACGGAAAAGUCUGCUGAAUUAAUUAAAACGCAUGAUUCUACUCAGAAUGGAAUAAAAUCGAGUAAAUUCAAUUAUACUAACUUCGUGAAGCCUAGUGAUGAUAAAUCAACGAGCGAUAUCCCCGAUCCUAAGCUGAACAAACGAGACAUUGGAAGGAUCAAGGAUGUUAUUGGGUACAUGUAUAACGAUGAUAGAAUAUCGCUUAAGCUUACGUUUGAGAAAGCCGGAAUGCUACUGGAAACCAACUAUGACGACCAGCAGCAGGUUUUCCGUUACUUGAUUAAUGAUCGUGAGAUUUGUCGAGCCGAGGGAGAAAAGCAAGAAGCGCACACGAAGGCGCGGGAUAAAUUAGUACGAAUCAUCCAAUACUAUUGUUACACGGUUAAGAGGUUGAAGGAAUACCACACGCGUAGAAACGUAUUUCGAAAGAAUCCAGACUCGAAUGAUAAGAACAAGCAAAACUUUAAAGAAAAUCAACUGGAUGAGGGUAACAUUGGUUUUCGCAUGCUCCAGAAACAAGGCUGGAGUGGUGGCUCCCUGGGCAAUAACGAGGAAGGAAUACUGGAACCAAUUGGGAUAAAGAAACUCAAAGCUAAAGCAGGAUUCGGUACAGAAGAUAGUAAGCCAGAGAAGAUACCGAUAGAGGCGUUCAUGUUGGCGAUUAAACAGUAUGCCUCCGGCAAUGCACUUUACGAUUUGGUAUUCAGCCCACAGUUCUCUAAGCAUCAAGUUAUCAAGCUGAAAGACCUGGCUUCUUCGCUGAAACUUUUCCCGCAACUUAUUGGAAAAAAGAAACAACUGGUAAUCAGUAAAAAUCUCACAAUCCGUGAAAUCAUGAUUGGCGUCCAGAAAGGCCAUUCUGAUUUGUGCGCCAAGUAUACAGUUAUUCCUCCUAUUUGUACGAAUAUGAAAUAAACACUGCUAAC